AGAGAACAAAAUAUUGCACGAAAAAAUCAAAAGUUUACUAUAGUCGGUGUCUGUAUCUUCGAGUUUGAAUCUAAAUGAGCUUCGAAAAAUCUACAUGAUGCCUCUUCGUCGGUUCGUCCUAGAUUCAUUUUUUCUUGUUGUUCGAUGAACAAAUCGAAUUCGCGUCCUUCUCGUACUGUCUUUAGUACCGACCCAUCCGAACGAACACCCAUGUCGCCGCACGGCCUAGCACCCGGAACCGCACCGACAACGGCGCAAAUAGCGCGGCAGACAAAAUUCGGCUGGUUUUUGGUGGUGUGGGGCUUCGGCUUGGACCUGAUUUUGCUCGUAUUGUUGCCGCUACUGGGGAUUUUUCAGCCGUUCGAGCUUGUGAUCCCGUUUUGCGUUCCCGACAACACAAAUUUGGCGACCCUUCUGGCCAUCUACCUGUUCCUGCUCUGUGGCGUGAUUCGUGGCUGCUGCGGAUGGUGCAUGUUGCAAGAGGUGAACGACCCGAACAGCGUCGACGUGGGGAGCAAAAAGGCGUGGUACACGCUGUGCCUCCUCACCAUGUUUGUGGAAAUCGUGCUCAAUGGUCACAUCAUCUACGCGCAAACGCAACACGUGCCGCAGCCGCUCAAGGGUGACUUCGACAUGAACUACACCAAAAAACCGGGCGGGUUGGUGUGGUCUUCUAACGCCACUUCGAAUGUGACUGCCGAUCAUUUUGAAUCCACCUCCCCCACUGCUGGUGAUGCAACGGUAGCCCGGAUGCUCGGUUACUCCGCGUCGGAGGCCGCCAUGCCGAUCCUGUUGUGUGCAGUGACAAGCGGGGCCAUGCUCAAAGCGGUGGCGUUUAAAAAGAGCAGAAACAUGAAGUUUAACCGAGUCGUGAAAGCUUCCUCCUUCAAAACGGAUUGUAUGAAAUAUCUGUGAGAUGCAUUUUUCAGAGCACCUGCUGCCGUCAUAGGAUAUCGAUUUACUUUACUCAAAGUCAAACAUAGUUUAGUUUUUUGCACUUGCGUGCGUUUCCUGCAUGUGAGUUUCAUUUUGAUUUUUUUGUAGUCCUUAUGUCAUAUGCAUGUUAGCUUGUUUUUUGUAAAAUAUUCAGCAUGCGCGAAAACAUUGUCUUUUUUGCUGCGCGUACUGUAAGGCCCCGACAAGCAUUGGCGUCUGUGUUUUCAACAUUCCAGUUUUAUUUCUUUUCAUCCGCUUCCACAUCCACAUCCAGAUAAAAGACAAAAAAC